UGUUCAUUUGGUUUCAGGAUGGGAAAGAUCAUUUUUUUCGAGGACAGAGACUUUCAGGGACGCUCCUAUGAAUGUAGCUCAGACUCCUCUGAUCUGCAUCAACAUGUAGGUCAAUGUAAUUCCAUCCGUGUGGAAAAUGGUUGCUGGAUGAUCUACGAGUGCCCCAACUACAUGGGGUAUCAGUAUUACCUGAAGAAGGGAGAGUAUCCUGAGUACCAGAGAUGGAUGGGAUUUAAUGACUGCGUCAGAUCAUGUCGCAUGAUUCAGCCACACAAAGGUUCCCAGCAAAUAAAGAUCUUUGAGAAAGAGGAUUUUAAAGGUCAGAUGAAAGAAUUCUCCAGCGAUUGUUCCAAUGUCCAAGAACAAUUCCAAUACAAUAACAUCCACUCUUGCAACGUCCUUCAGGGGAACUGGAUCUUCUAUGAGGAGCCCAACUACAAAGGAAGACAGUAUCUCUUAAGACCUGGAGAGUACAGGAGAUUCAGUGACUGGGGUGCUGUGAAUGGCAAAGUUGGCUCAUUCAGACCCAUCCUGGAGAACUAUUAA